GUGACUAUCCAGUUUCGACAGAGUAGCACGUUAAGCACUUGACUGUCUUUACCUAUCUACUUGAAUCCGUCCGAUCCGAGUGGAUCUGGAACCUCGACUCAUACACACAGGCAACGGCAUCACGUCGCGUGUAGCGAUAAAGAAAUCGAAGAUCAAGUUUUUUCUCUGCUCGAUUCCAUCCGAGUCAGUUCCAUUCAAACACUCGAACCGCCAGCAGCAAUCCGGAGAAGUGAAUCCAGCCAAAAGUGCCUUAGCAACAGUUGAUUGAGUCACGUAAUCUGUCACAGUUUUGCCGUUCAAAAGUUCGUUCGGGAAGCAGUCCUAUACUUUGAGGAAGUAGAUUUCGCUCGUCAAUUUCAUCUCGCCAAAUCUGUUCCGCUCGGUAAGCAGCAUUAAGAAGAUGCCUUGCCCAUUCCUGACUCGUCUGAGCACCAGCUACGUGCGCAACUACGCGCCGGCCCUGCUGAAGACGUACGGCUCGCAAUGCCCUGUGGUUGCCCGUACCAUCUCGAGCCUGCAAAAUCCCCCGGCUGGCACCGGUGCGGAUGCCGCUGGAGCUGGAAGCGUGGCCACCAAGAAGAAGGAGCCCGUCGCAACCCCCAAGCAGCCGGAGGUGAAAACCCCGAGCCGUAACUUGAGCUCACUGCAGCAACCGAAGGCCAAGGAGGAGGCCAAGAAGUGCCCCUUCUUGAGCUCGGCUGCUCCGCACGUUAAGGAACUCGGUGCGGAAAGCGUGGACGUUCCCGCUACCCGUCCGUUCCAAUACGAGGAGUUCUUCCAUGAGCAAAUCAUGCGCAAGAAGAAGGACCACUCGUACCGUGUGUUCAAGAAGGUCAACCGUUUAGCCGAAGCUGGCAAGUUUCCGAAAGCUUUGGAAUAUUCCUGGGGUGAACGCCCAAUUACGGUAUGGUGCUCCAACGACUACCUGGGUAUGUCCUGUCAUCCUGAGGUGAAGAAAGCGGUGGCUAAUGCCCUCGAAACCUACGGAGCUGGUGCCGGUGGAACUAGGAACAUUUCCGGAAACUCACUGAAUCAUGAAAAUCUCGAGAGCCGUCUGGCGCAACUCCAUGAAAAAGAGGGCGCCUUACUGUUCACCUCGUGUUUCGUAGCCAACGAUUCUACGCUGUUUACGCUAGCAAAAGCUCUGCCAGGUUGUCACAUCUUCUCGGAUGCUGGAAACCAUGCUUCGAUGAUCCAGGGAAUCAAGAACAGCGGUGUGCCGAAGCAUAUCUUUCGCCACAACGACCCUGCUCAUUUGAGGGAACUCCUGUCGAAAGUUGAUAAGUCAUUACCUAAGAUUGUUGCAUUUGAAACCGUGCACUCCAUGACGGGAGCGAUCUGCCCAUUGGAGGAACUUUGCGAUGUAGCCCAUGAGUUCGGUGCUCUGACCUUCGUGGACGAAGUGCAUGCCGUUGGUCUCUACGGAGACCAUGGAGCAGGAGUUGGCGAACGGGAAGGACUUCUGCACAAGAUGGAUAUUAUUUCGGGAACACUGGGAAAGGCCUUUGGCAACGUUGGAGGUUACAUUGCCAGUACGUCUCUUUUGAUCGAUAUGGUGCGCUCGUAUGCUGCCGGAUUCAUCUUUACCACUUCUCUGCCCCCAACGGUCCUGUGUGGAGCAUUAAAGGCCGUGAACAUCCUGGCUUCGGACGAAGGUCGUGAGUUGCGCACCCGUCAUCAAGAAAAUGUCCGUUACCUUCGCGGGUUGUUGCAAAGGGAAGGGUUCCCCGUGGAGCACACUCCAAGUCAUAUCAUUCCAGUCAAGAUUGGUAAUCCGGCUCAAUGCACUGAACUGUCGGAUCUGAUGAUCAAACGUUUUGGACACUACAUUCAAGCCAUCAACUACCCAACGGUAGCACGUGGCGAGGAGAAAUUGCGUCUUGCACCAACACCACACCACACCAAGGAGAUGAUGGAUAUUUUGGUCCGCGACAUGAAAAUUGUCUGGAAAGACCUCGGAAUGCCACUCAACGGAUCAGCAUGUACUGCGGAAUGUACAUUCUGCCGUAAACCAUUGCUGUUCGAUCGCUUCGAGUCCCGCACCAAGGCCAGCUGUGCUGCUGAAAUCAACUGUCAGAUCCCGAACUGCCCGCAGAUAGCUGCUAUUGCAAACUAAGCGCCCAUGCCCCGGAACGCGCAAAGUACUACGAUUAGGAACGCCAUUGCCAAUGGCGCUCCUUCUCCACUCUUUCCAGGUGCUGGGUCUCUAUCAGCUUCUAAUAACUGCUAAUUAUUCCAUAACGGAAACGAAUUGGUGAAUGGUGUUCAAUGUUCAACAAACAAGUGCAGCAGCAUAUCGCAGCCACAUCCGAAAUAUCCCCCCGAAGUGUAGUGAAUUGAGCCAGAAUCGGAAAAUACAAUCUCCAUUUUUUUUUAAUUUGUCCUACUUAAUGUUAGAUUUUCUCGUUUCAAGUGAGAUGAAUAAUUGUCUAAAUUUAAAACAAAAAAAACAUUGUGAUAUACCAUGAUGAUCGUGCACUUUUCAUUUUUGUAUUUGUUACCUGUUGUUAAUUUGAAACAGUGCAAAAAUCGUUAUGUUAACCUGAAAUAAAGAAUCCAAAAUUUAUAUUCCCAGCGUUCCUUGCGUACCUUGUACCUAUUUUUACCAUUGGGAUGGACGCUCCCAUUUUUGUGCAUUAACCAGUCCAUACAAAAUGUGUUUGUCGAUAUGUUGUUGACAAUAAAUCACUAGAGAAAUAAAUAUAAAUCUGUGUUGCAAAUGAUA